AUGGAUGCCAUAACAUUCAGAUUUUUGAUGAGCUUAGCAGCGUCUCAAAAUCUUGAAAUGUAUCUCAUGGAUGUUGUGACAGCAUAUCUAUAUGGAUCUCUUGAAAAUGAGAUAUAUAUGAAAAUCCCAGAAGGAUUAAAAAUGCCUGAGGAUUUGAAAUCAAAGGCUAAGGAGAUCUGUUCGGUCAGAUUACAGCGAUCACUUUAUGGACUAAAACAGUCCGGACGCAUGUGGUAUAAUCGCUUAAGUGAAUAUUUGUUGAGUAAAGAUUACGUCAACAAUGCGAUAUGCCCUUGCGUAUUCAUUAAGAAAUCCUCGUCAGGAUUUGUGAUUAUUGCUGUAUAUGUAGAUGACCUGAACAUGAUUGGAACUCAAAAGGAAAUUGAUGAUGCAAGAACUCAUAUGAAAGAAGAGUUUGAAAUGAAAGAUCUUGGAAAGACAAAGUUUUGUCUUGGGCUCCAGAUAGAGCAUUUCCAAGAUGGUAUAUUUGUGCAUCAGUCAAAUUACACUAAAAGAGUGUUAAAACGCUUUUAUAUGGACAAAGCAACUCCUUUGAGUACUCCAAUGGUUAAUAGAUCUCUUGAUGUUGAAAAGGAUCCAUUCCGUCCUUGUGAGGAUAACGAGGAAGUGUUAGGUCCUGAAGUACCUUACAUGAGCGCUAUUGGUGGACUAAUGUAUCUUGCAAAUUGCACUAGACCAGAUAUAGCAUUGCUACUAAUCUGCUUGCAAGAUAUAGUUCGUCCCCUACGCGCAGACAUUGGAAUGGAAUAA